CUGUUCAGUUGUGUCCGUUACACUCGUGACUCCUUUUUUCCUUGUAACCUUUUCAAACGGAACGACAUGGGACGUGUGCGAACCAAGACCACUAAACGUGCAUCUCGCGUCCUCAUUGAGAAAUAUUAUCCCCGGCUCACACUCGACUUCCACACGAACAAGCGAAUCAUCGAUGAAGUCGCCGUCGUCCCUUCCAAACGUCUCCGCAACAAAAUCUCGGGCUUCACUACCCAUCUCAUGAAGCGUAUCCAAAAGGGCCCCGUCCGUGGCAUCUCGUUCAAGCUACAAGAAGAGGAGAGGGAACGCAAAGACAAUUACGUUCCAGAAGUCUCAGCCUUGGAUGUCUCUGCUGGUCUUGAGAUUGAUCCCGACACCAAGGCUCUGCUCUCCGCCCUGAACUUCGAUUCGAUCCAAGUCAAUGUCGUCCUUCCCGUGCCUGCCCAGCCAGAGCGCAGUGGACCUGGAGGCCCUCGCCGUGAGAGACGGACUGUGCCAGGCGCUGCCCCCCGGUAA